AUGGAUCGAGUAGAUGUUGAGAAGAUGCGGGUGUUUGGCCUGUUUGUUACUGCGGAUCGGCCUGAGGCUUUGGUAGUUGAUAGCUUCCCCCGCCAUGCGAUCUUAAUUUUCCUUAGCUACACGUCCACCACCAUGGCUAUCCCAUCCUCAUUCGAAGUGCUGAAAGCGCACUUGGCCAAGAUACAAGACGACCCUUCAACUGCACUAGACUUGACCCUGGUCGAUCGAUUAAAGCUCCAACUCGUCGAAGACACAGCUCCGGUAAAGAUCCAACUCCCCCUCACCACCCUUGCCACCAAAGCGACCGCAAACUUCAGCUUCGCUGACCUUCGAUCGCUUGGGCCUUCUCUCGAUCUAGUUGCUGGCUUCAAGGCACCGUCACCACCAAUCAACCUUUUGGCCCUGUCUUUACUGGCCAAGGCUGGGGAAACGUCAAGUGAUGCAGCAAUAGUCGCGGGGGACUCUGGCCUGGUGGCCUCCCUGGUGGAGCUUUGGCUAUCUACAUCAUCGACGUCAGUUGCCCAAGCAGCUUUUGAUACGUUAUGGGCUCUGCUGGAGGUUGACCUGGCCAGCCCUCUUGAGAAAGGAGAAUAUGACACUGGAAAGGAGACACACGGAGGCCAGGGCCUGAUGUGGCGCAGGGUAUUCACUGAUAAGGAUGUGUAUGGUCUUCUGUUUGGACUUUGCAGUCUACAAAAGGAUGCGCCUGGUGACCUCUCUAAACGCGCACGUACGGUUGCCCAAGGGAGACUAGCAGGCUUCCUUGUCAAGGCCGGUAGUCGACGCUGGGAUAUCAUAUCGAAGUCGCAAGUGUACGAUGUUGAGAAGAAGUAUGGCAGCGAUAGUAUUCUGCAUUUUGCAGCUUCUAUCAUGGUUGAUACUAGUGAUGUUCUGAUGCAUAUGACGCUUCUCAACUUCUACCGCGAGCUGAUUGAAAUUGAUGCCCCGGGUCUUGCUGCACGAGGAUUUGUGGCAUCUGCAUCAACAUUUUCCUCGCCCGCAUUGGAUUUCCUGAUUUCCCAAAACAUCCAUUCCAAAAUACUAGAAUAUUAUCUCGAUGAUUCAAAGCUUGAUCCAGUGGACUCGAUCUACCUCGCGGGCCCGACCAUGGCCUACGUUGCGAGAUAUGCGGGUUCAUACCCAAACCAUCUCCUGGAAAAUCCUUCCACAUUGUUGGACGGAAUAACCUCGCGCAUAUCCCGAGCUCUCGCGAUCCCUUCAACUCAAUGGGCCCAUGGGGAAGUUCCUACCGGUCACUUGGCUGUCUUGGCUGCCCUUCCCCGGGUACUUUUAGUGGAAGCUGGCAAACAUGGCGGAAACCCCAUGCUCUCGAUUCCUACCCACCCACCGAAUGAGGAGGCCUUUGGGGUCCUUGGAAGGAUAUUCAAAGGACCAGGACAUGCAUAUUUAUCCGAUUCUAUGAAUCUCAACACCUCCGGUCAAACACCGACAGACUGGCAUCAUGAAGCUGCCGCAGCGCGCAUGUUGUACUUUAUCUACCUCAACCACAAUCCUACCUUCUGGUCCGACAUCGUUGCCGCAGCUGACAUCCUUGUCAUGAAGGAUGCUGCGCUAGCUGCGAUCAAUUUUAUGGACGCCAUUGUGACUGCGAAUUGGCAGCCCCUUCCUCCUGCGUCGCAUGUCUCCGGCUCGUCCCGAUUCCAGCUGCCUUUUGAAGAAAAUUUGGGGCGGCUAUCACCUGCUAGUAGUGGCCUCCUCCCUUUGACAGGCGCUUGGGCUAUCCUCACCCCACCGGCGCUCACUACGCUUCUGCCUUAUCUCUUCAAGCCACCUCGCUCUUAUAAUGAGUUUGUGGGCGGUGGCGCAGGGGAUUCUCAAAACGCUGUUUGGAAGGUUGCGACCGCAAAACACGAUGUCCUCGUGGCUUUGUACAAUAAGCUUCGAGAGAACGGCAACCAGAUGGACGGAUUUGAAGAUAUCCUGCGGACAUUGCGACAGCGGGUGAAUGAAGGGCCUCUGGGGCCAGUGCAACAAGGAGCAGCUCAAGUAGAGGCCAUUGGACUGUGA